AUGGAGGUUCAGGGGGAAGGCGCAAGUCGUUCAUUGUUGGAUUGGUUGCUCCCGAAACGAGGGGCAGAUGACGGAAUGGAUCCCGCCCCCUCACAGAACACAGAAGGCACCAAUGAAACUUCUCGGGAAGAUGGAAUUUACUCCUUACGGAAGUUUGUUGGAAGGCAGGUUGGGGUGGCUAAGCCAUUGGUUGCCGUCUUUUCACUGCUACUCCUGUCCGCGGUUAUUUGGCGGGUGGCUAGCAAGCGGAAGUCCCACAAAUUAAGCCCCCACAUGUUAAGCUCCGACAGGUUAAGCUCCCCCAACGAAAGGGCCCCGCUCUCCAUCGAUGAUGGCAUCAUCUCUAAGUACUUGGAGGAUCUCGCGGAUGAAAAUGAAAAGAUGAACACGGCCUGGGCAUCCAGUGAAGCACCUGUUAAGGCAGCUUUUCAAAAAUAUUUUGCGCCGCCGCUCGAGAACGGACAGGCGCUCACUCAUGAUCCGUUGAAAACCAUCAAUGACCACGUGGCCAAGAUGCUAGCAUGUCAAUUCCCAUCUGAUUCUACUGCGAUAGUGCGGAGUGAUUUCUUGCAACACGUGCGGGCGCUGCACACCAUUUGCCGCAUAGCCACGCUUCGCCUAGAGGAAUUGAAGUUGUUGUACACUUAUCAACGUGGCCUUGGAGUUCCAGGCGGUUUUCUUUUCCACGAAGAGCCUCAUAGCAAUUCUGACCUUGAAUACCCCGUCGGCAGUGCUUCCUUAAUGAAGUCGGAUGACUCCUUGUUAGGCGUGGGGAUUGUUGAUAGUGAACGGGAACAGUCAGAAGAAGGAGAAGUAUCCGGGGAAAAAUACCUCAAAGUUCCACGUAGUUCUGAUGUCCGCGAAGGCCGUGAUAUGAAUUCAGACACUGAUUCAUCGAUGAUGCCGGAUGAGUUCUUGGAUUCCAUGCAGAUGCUUGGCAAUAUGCAGAAGCGGCCUGUAAAUAGAAACCUAGCCCGCACACUGACGUUGCUGUUAGUUGAAGACGAGAGGCUAAAUAUAUCCAACAUGGCUGCCCGAUAUUACUUUGAACGUUUUCUCCAACCCUUUGGAGAAAGCGACCCCACCAACGCCGUUCCCUCCACUGCCAAACACCAAAUUCCAUAUAGUGGGCAACCAUUUAGAACUGGUGCUCUCGCAAAAGCAGCUGCCCAAAUAUUUCGCCAAUCGGAAGGCGAUACGAAUUAUGCAAGGGUAAGCAAGAUUUACCGGAUCGCGGAUAACUGGUCAAGCGAAGGAGUACUUCAGGCUACGGAACAGCAAGGUAGAGAAAAUGCGUACAGGGUCAAACAGCAGAUGCGCAUUAAAAGGGAGCGAAUGCGUGUGCUGCUUAAGGAGGGCAUACAAAUGGAUGAUUUGGAAAUGAUUGCGUUAUUCCUUUUAUAG